UGGGCCAGUGAUUAUAGGUGUAUGUAUUCUAUACCGAUAAUGGCUGUGCUCGUUUUACAGAGAUUCGUUUCUAACCAUUGUAAUUGGAAUUCUAUAGCGGCUCAGUAUGUUGCCCGGUUUUCCCAUUGAAUGGUUUAGGCUGCAGUGUGGCAGGAAGAAGGCGCAGUAGCGUGUACUCGAGGAGGGAUAUUCUGUUAGGCCGGAGGGCGGCGUUGCGCAUGCGUCUAGUGGGUUGUUUUUGGCGGGGUUUGGUCUCUGGCUGCGUUCAGUAGCGCUCGUUAGGAGGCUUCACUUAAUUCCUGGUAGCGAGUAGGUUUCGGCGGCCGCACGUUGUAUUUCGCGCAGGAAGAAGUAGAUAAUGGACAUCACUGACACUUCUACAGGUCCCAGGCCCAAUAGGGAGAGCGUAAUGGGAAAAAAGAGCAAAAGAGCAUCAGAUGCCUCCUCCUCUGAGGAAGAAGAGUAUGUUGUGGAAAAGGUUCUUGAUCGAAGAGUGGUAAAGGGACAAGUAGAAUACCUUCUAAAGUGGAAAGGAUUCUCAGAAGAACACAACACGUGGGAGCCAGAAAAAAACCUUGAUUGUCCAGAGCUCAUCUCUGAGUUUAUGAAGAAGUACAAGAAAGUUAAAGAGGCUGACCCAAAACCCAAGACAGAAAGCACCAAAAGGAAAGCGGGAAGUGAGGAAAUUAGGGCGAAGAGAAGGAAAGAGAGCAAUGACAUUGCACGGGGCUUCGAAAGAGGUUUGGAGCCAGAAAAGAUCAUUGGCGCUACAGAUUCCUGUGGUGAGCUGAUGUUCCUCAUGAAAUGGAAAGACUCUGAUGAAGCCGACCUGGUUCUGGCAAAGGAAGCCAACGUGAAAUGCCCACAGAUCGUUAUAGCAUUUUAUGAGGAGCGACUGACUUGGCACGCUUAUCCUGAAGAGUCGGAAAGCAAAGAGAAAGAAGCGGUUAAAAGCUAAAAAUCACUUUCAACACCCCAUAUUUACUCCCUCCUUCAUUCAAACACACACGCACACACUCACAGUCUACCUACUCUCCCUACCUGCCCUGGUCUAAGUGUUGUCAAGGGCAAAAAGGUUUUUAUUUUUUAUUUUUACUAUAGAAAUAAGCCUCUGAGACACCCCAGCAAGUGGCAUUUGCACAAGAUCUUGGCAGCCAUUAAAAGAUGUUUGUGGUGGUGUAUUCAUAGUGAGGCACUGUAGGUGUCCGUUACUGUGGUUUCAUUCUCUCUUGCCCAGAGGCAAAAAACCAGCAACUUUUUAAAGAACAUAGGCCUCUACAGUGUUUCAAAUGAGGUGUUGGAGGCUUUACCAAUGGUUCCAUUUUUGUGUUGGGUUCAGAACAACUUGGGCGCAUCGAUAGAAGAACUUCCGUCAUCUAACUGAUGAUACUGUGUGCUGUGAAGGGAUCCUUGCUGCUUACUCCCAAUCCUGGACGCUUGUUCUCGGAGGGAGAAGACUUUGUUUUUUUCUGUUUUAAAUAUUGUUUUAAUAUAUAUCAUCUGUAUUCAUUGAUGUUGGGUCGCUUUGCCUUUACUUGUUAUAUACCUGAAGAUGUUUGGGAGGGCACAACAACAAGGAUCUGAAACUUCCCACAUAAAGGGAGGACGCCACUCGAGAGGAGGCCAAGAAUGAAUCCCAUAAAGACAGUGUCGGCCGUUUGUACCAAGAAGGGGACCUCAAAGCCUUGAGGAGAUGGGGUUGAAGAGAAUGUGGGUUUGUAUGUGUGGUUCAGUUGAUGUGCCAUAAGUAGUUAAAGAAUGUCAUCAUUUUUAUUAGACAUACUGAAGGCCAUAUGAAUGCCCUUAGAAUUGUUUGCCAAGUGUGUUAGGUCCCUAGGCAUUUUAGUAAAUCUAAUUUUUUUUUAGUUUUUCCAGUAUUCAAAAUAUUAGCUUUUAUACAUUUUUUAAUGAUACACUAGAAAGAUGUUUCUGAUAAAUCUAUUGCUCUGCCAAAGUUAUCUUUUGUCUAUCAGACUUAUGAUCACUGGACAAAUGUGCCAGGAAGUAAUCUAUGGCAACCAAGUCAAGUUUUUGCUUUCAUUAUUUUGCAGCUGGCUGAACGAAGCGAAUGACUGGUUGCUGUCAGUUACUGCCCGGGUAUAAAUUGGUCAGAUAAUAAGCCCAAGUGUAUCUAGUCAGUAGCAGGCAUUUACGGACACAGGUCCUAAAUUGCAGUUCAGUUACCAAUAGCAACCAGUCAGAUCUCAAAUAUAUUUUUUAUCGUAUAUCGCUCUGAGCAAAACAAAAUUGCUGAUAGGCUGAUAUUGUUAUCUGCACUGCUGCAAUUUAUCACCUAUGUCAGCCACGCAAUUUAUUGAUGGAUCCCAGAAAUCUGAUCAGAUGUUGGAGAUGGUGUUGAUUUGGAGUUUUUAAGAGAAGCAGAGGUGUUGCCAAUGUAACCUACACUGAUUCUAUUCCCAGUUGAGCAGUUCAUGCUGGUGAAAUGUACAUGUAAAACUCACAGUAUAAAAGGGCUGGAGUUUCAGAAGACAGAUUUUGGAAAUGCACCAAGGCCGGGGUCCCAACAAAAAAGUAAAUGCCCUCCUUAAAAUGCACAGUGUAUCCAACUAUCAUAUUGCACAUAGCAUAGACUCCAUGGUUCUGGGUUUCUCUGAGCUAUGUGAUGCUACGUGUUUACUGGCAAUUAGUACUUUUACUAAGGACAUUUGGAUACUGAGAUACCCUGUCUGAAACAAAGGGGGUUUAUGCCUUGCCCCAAAAUCAGCCUCGGCACUGUAGUGAUUUGGCAAAUGAUUAUCUGACCGCUUAUACUGCUUCCUACUAGCGCCAGGGAUAUUCAGUACAGACCAGUGUUAGAAACCAUCACCAUUCUUUAUUAUGGAAAGAAAGAGUAACACUAAAUAUAUUAGCAGAUUGCUGCUAGGUAAAGGUCUGCCCUUUAGCAAAUGUUGUGUAUGGAGAGCACUUUUCAUGUAAGGAGAUGUUCCCUAAAGUGAAAAAUGGCACCGGAUAAUUACAAAAGCAAAUACCUCGAUAAUCUAAAAGGUACAUUCCACAUCAGAGCUGCAUCACAGAGCUACGCACCUGUACAACAUUGAUUGGCUGAAAAAGAACGAGUUAGGUUGCACAGCCUUUAUAUAGUACCACCGUACCUCUACCACUUUGCUGCCUGCUUUUGCCUCAGCUACCUCACACCUCUCAGUGCUCACUUCUUGAUCUUUAAAGUUGAAGCACACGUGCUUCUGUCUACUCAUUUGACCCAACAAACCAGAGCUCUGUCCAGUAUUUCCUUAAAAAGGUACAGAUUGACCCUCUGCUCAGUCAAUUCCAGACAAUCUGUUGGGAUUUAUUUAAUUUUGUUUGGGCGGUGGGGGAGGUACUAACACAGAAAAAGAUGUAGAUGAAGUACCCAAAUUGACCAACAAAAUAAGCAACUAGCUUUACAGCAGUAUAUGGGUCAGAGGUGUCUUGUCUUUAUACAGAAGAAGGGAAACAUAUUUCAGCCCUGAUCCUGAUGAGGUCUGGAGCUCAUCUGAAGUGUCUAUCUGGGAUGCUCAUUAAAACCAAAGGCUACUGGAGAUGACACACCAGGCAUUGUGGACACCACUACUAUUAUGAGCAUUCACAAUGCAGUGGAUCGCAGCAGUCACUUUUCAUUGAUAGCAGUGAAAAGUGUUUCUAGUAGCCUCAUAUCAUGCUCAGAGACCCUAGUUGAUGAUGGAUAGCUGUCUCUAGUAAAGGCAAGUCUUGCUUGCUGGUGUGCAAGUGUCCAUACAGAGGGAGAAUAUAUGUAAAUAUGCCACCCAACCACAUCUUGCUCCCCCAGACCUCAAUGGGAACAGCCCGUUAUUGCUGCAGAGUGAUGGCACUUCCACGGCAUGUGCAGCCGUAUCGUGGGCUAUGGGAAUGAUAUAUCUACAUACAGUUGGGUGGGUUCAGCAGGGUAGUGUUGUGUGUAACAAUCUAAUGCAGAUUCCUUACAGUGAGCCGUAAGAAGGGUGGUUCUAUAUAAUAUAGUGGUGUCGCUUUUCACUUUAGGAGACUUCUCUGUAAUUAGUGCUCCUGGCAUGUGAAGCACCUUGGUUCUCUUGUAUUUCUCAUAAUUUGUGUAUAUAUAUAUAUAUAUAGCACUAGAAAUAUAAGGGGAGUGAUGACUGUAUUCUCAUUUCAGGGUAUUCUGUUACAUACGUGUUAUAGGAACAGCACCACCCAUACUCGGGCUUUUGCCUUUUGGGGAGGAAUCCCCGUGUAGUGGCCUUAAGCAGACAUCCAUAUUUCUGCUUUGAUCUUCAGUAUAUGCCUAGAACUUACACACCAGUGUUACAAAGUGAUAUUAGCCUCUCGGCUGUUGGCUUGCACUGCUGGUCAUUACAGGACAAAGAAUAUUCUAACCUUCGGGAUAGAAGCUACAUUCUGUGACUUUUUUUUUUUUUGUAUGGAGCAUGCUUCCCAUCCAAUUAUAUUCCAAACAGUGGCACGUAGGCUAGAGUAUCUGAUGUAUUCUUUGCAUUGUCCUUUUUUUUUAUUUUUGGUUAAAACAAUGAAUUGUAGGUGAUAUUAAGUUCAACUAAGAAUUUAACGUGCUGCAUUCUUUUUUCUUUUUUUUUUUAUAUAUAACAUUUGUUGUACUCUGCAGGUGUUUCUUUGAGGUCUGCAAGAAGACGAACUGUGGGUUUUAUGAAAAAUAUAUAUGCAGAGUACUGUAAAGACUGUAAUUGUGGUACUUUGACUAUGAGUCUCAUGGUAUCUGGUGACUUCAAAGGUACACAGACGCAGAGGUCAAAUGAAUAAAAUAGAUGUAAGAAAA